CGACUCGGGCUGCAGGGAUGGUUGUGAUAGGUCGCCAUGCACCUGCCCCGCCUCCCCAGGCCGUGUCUGCCUCAGGUGCGCAUCUCGUUACAAAAGCAUCGCUGCGGGGCACGUCCUGCCCCCCUUUGCGCUCCCGAAGGCCCGCAUGCCCGGCCUCUCCAUGCUCGUGCCCUUCCAUACCGCCACGUCAAAACUCAAGUCGCAGAUGACAAACACAUGGCCGCCAUAUCCUCCACCCGAUGAAACGGAGCUGGACAAGGCCGUGCGCCUGGAGGAGGAGAAGGUCGCGAAGCGCAUCAGCGAGGAAAUAGACCGUCAAAUCGAGUAUGACCGGCAAGAGCUCAAGAAGAAACGGUCGGAAACAAAGAUCUUACUCUUGGGCCAGGCUGAGUCGGGCAAGUCGACCCUCCUCAAAAACUUCCAGAUCCAGUUCGCUCCGAAGGCCUUCGAGGCUGAAGUGGACGCCUGGCGCGCAGUCAUCCAGCUCAAUCUCGUUCGCUCGGUCAAUGUCAUCCUGGCAUACCUUUCCAAGGCGAGCGCCGCCACCGCUGCGGCCUCGCCGCGCUUUAGCAAACCAAAGGACGACCUCCGGUGGUUAAAAAUGCGCCUCGCGCCCUUGCGCCAGGUCGAGGUCAUCUUGAACCGUCUGCUGGGCGUAAACGCGGACGACCCACAGAGCCCGAGCCCCGCGGACGUGGGGAUGCAUUGGGACAGCGACAAGUUGUCUGAGGUGGCUGUGGGCUCGGAUUUUGGGUGGAGGACGCUGAUGCGUACGGAGAAACCCAGACCGACGAGCCGGUUCUGGGAUGACCUGGAUGACGCUCGGAAGAUUUUGGAGGCCUGUCGAGACGACAUCGUGGCAAUGUGUCAUGACCAGAUGGUUCAGAGUGUGCUCGACGAGGAAGGUAUUGAGAUCUUAGACGAGCCUGGCUUCUUCUUCGACCAAGCUUCUCGCAUCUGCGCUUUGGAUUAUGAGCCCACGGCAGAGGAUAUCCUUCGCGCCCGGCUACGCACUGCAGGUGUAGAGGAACAUAGGCUAUGCAUGGAGUCGCCUCCGUCAGAGAAGGGUCGAGAAUGGGUGUUCUACGACGUCGGUGGCGCACGAGGGCAGCGAGCUGCGUGGGCGGCCUAUUUCGAGGACGUCAACUCCGUCAUGUUCCUCUGUCCCAUAUCGAGCUUUGACCAGGUUCUGAGUGAAGACCGACUUACCAACCGACUUGUUGACUCGCUCAAGCUCUGGAAGACCAUCUGUUCGAGCAAGCUGCUCGAGAAUGCAACAUUCAUCUUAUUCAUGAACAAGUCAGAUAUCUUGCGGAAGAAGCUCGAAGCCGGUGUUUGCUUCGCGACUCACGUCGAGCAGUACAAGGACCAGCCUAACGACUUCGAGCACGUCUCUUCAUACAUCCGAAAGAUCCUCCUCUCCAUCCACAAGGAGUGCUCACCCAAAAAGCGUUCGAUCCAUGCUCAUACGACUUGCGCUACCGAUACCAUAAUGAUGUCACACGUGCUGGGCAGUGUGCGAGACAUCAUCCUCAUGAACGCUCUGGAGCAAACGCAUCUCAUCGGCUGAGGCCUGCUGAAUCUACCAUCUAAUACAUACCUUGUAUAGUCGUGCAUACACUAGCUAAUCUGCGGAGAGUAUUUAUAUGUCGUGGUAAUAUAGUCGUGCGCGUGGAUAGGAUGGAUUGCUUGCAACGCAUGUAGACUGAUGCGGUGUCGUCACAAUGGUGCUGUGACAGAGUAGUAGACAUGCUUGACUCAGUA